GUGGUCUGUCUGAUCAGAUUACAGAGGGUGGGUGGGUGACCUUCGGAUACAGAGGGUGUGAUUUCAUUUCUGCAGAAGUCGACGGUGUCACUAUCUGUCUCUAAACAUGGCAACAGAUCUGGCCUUAGUAACUGUUCUUAUUCAGCUUCUACUUGAUAUGGUGAUGAGUGACAACAUCGACUUCUACAAUCUCAUGCCUGCUGUAGAAACGACUCCAUACCCCGAGAGUUUCAAGUGCUUUACAUGUGAACAAGCCACAGACAACUACAGCUGUAAUCGCUGGGCAGAGGAUGUGUGGUGCCCUCAGAAUACCCAAUACUGUAUGACAAUACAUCGCUUCAAUCAUAAUGGGAGGACAAAGUCUGUUACCAAAAGAUGUGCAGCGCAUGAAGAAUGCCGGUUAGCAGGCUGCAGACAUCACAAAAACCCACAUCACCUGGAGUGUGUGUCUUGUUGUGAAGGGAUGGUUUGUAAUGUCGAUCUGCCAACCAAUCACACUAAUGCAGUGUUUGCUCAGAGACGAACCCACAGCUCAGCGGCACCUACAUUCAAGACCCGGGACACUGUGUUCAUGCUUAUCACAGUUCUGACUGGACUUUUUCCUUUAUGAUUUUCAAUCAUGAUCGGUGAUGAACAGCACUACAGAAAAAUGACUUAUCUCCACUUGAGACGGCUUACAGUCUAAAAUAUUGUUGCUGUUUCAACGUUUUCAGCUUGUUCAGGCCUUCAGACGUCUUCAAAGGAAAUGGAAGGAAACUGUCAGUUAACCAAUGGUGGAAGCGUUGUGUACUGUAUUGUCUAAUCAGAUCUGAAUGAGCAAGGUCUGUUAAUCCAAUUCAAGUGCUGCUUGUGACAACUGGUUACUAAUUACGUGCUAAAUAGGACAGAAAAACAGACGCGGCAUUUAGCUGCAAUGAAAGUGAAUGUUAAUACUGAUACUUCACUGGAUUUGUAUUGAGCAAACUGAGGCUGAAACUGAGCAUUGAAAGUCUCUGUAUGGGGAGGAUGGUUUGCUCGAUGGCUCUGAUCCCAGAUUCUGUCAUACAAUCCAAUGAGAGGACGCGGAAUGUAUUGUUCCCUCUAAACAAUGCGGAAGUCUCUGAAAGAGAUCUUGAUUGUUACAUAUGUAAAUAUAUCAGUGCUUUAAGAGCAUGGACGAGGAUAAAUCGCAGAAAAGCACUAGAAAAUAAUAAAUGUAA